AUGGCUUAUACCGCGUGGCUCAUCCUCCUGUUUUGUGUGGCUGCACACACAAGGGAAAUAACCAUACAGACCUACAACGUUGGUCUCAACCCUCGAGUUAACAAUAUGGAUAUAAGGAGAGAAGCUGUUAUUCCGGAACUCAGACAGAACGGAAGUGACGUCGUUUGCCUUCAAGAGAUUUGGAGAAGUGGGGACGUACAGCACAUCAUUGAGUCACUGAAAGACGUUUACCCACACUCACUAAGUCCGCUCCAUGACCAGGCGGGAUCGUUCCAUUACCGUACCUUCUGGCCUCCAUGUUUUAGCUGGGCGGCUAUGUCCUUCGCGACUUGCGCAUUGACCUAUUGUCGAAACGAGCCAACAGAAGAGGACGUGGUACGUUGUGUUGUGUCGUGUGGUUUCGUAGACGUAUCUCGUGAGUGUAUCUCGUGCGUGGUGAUUGGUGGCACAUUUGCUGCUCUUAGAGGCUGUGUGUACGGCUUUGGAUACAACUACAACCCCCAGGGUCUUCUUCUGCUCAGCAAGCGGCCGCUUUUCAGAGGCUCUGUUACAGACUAUUUCCCGGGUACCAAGACCAUAGCACAGCGAUCGUAUGUCAAAGCUGAGGUACAGAACUUCGGCCCUGUUGUUUGCACACAUAUGACGUCAUAUCUUGGGGAUUUCUACCUUGAACCGAGCCUGAUGGACAGGUUUAGGGGCUGGGCGGAUCAGAGCCAAUAUGAGGCUAGCGUGCUGGUGAGUCUGUUCAACGACGACAGGAAAGGCGUCAUAAUGGGGGAUCUUAAUACCAGUCCAGGCCUGCCCAAUCAGGGUGUCUUCCCCCACAUGUCAGCCUCCUACAACCAGUUCCUGUUCGGCCAUUGGGUGUCCCCAUUCGUGGAUCGCGUGGGUAGAUGUACAUUCUGUAAGGAAAAUGUUCUCACGUUUGACAAUGAAAGUUGGAUCCUGGACCAUGUACUGACAAAAGGGCACAACGUCCUUAAUUCCAAGCUUCUCCAUACGGAAAACAUCGAUGGUCAGAAUUUCCCCAUAUCUGACCACUACGGUGUAGAGGUGACCUUUGAGGACGACAGCUGA